GGCGGCGGCAGCAGCAGCGGAGGGACAGGGACAGGGACAGGGACAGGGACAGCGGGAGGAAGCGGCCCCUCCUGGCAGAGUCACCGACUCCGGAGCGGGGAGCAGCGAGGAGGAGGCGGUGGGGGGAGGAGGACCGAGGAGGACGGAUGAUUUUGGAGUGGAAACAGCAGAGGAAGCCACGGAACCUUCCGAACCAGACAUCAAUGAGCUGUGUAAGGACAUGUUUACCAAGAUGUCUGUCUACCUGCAAGGAGAGCUCACAGCUACCUGUGAAGAUUACAAACUCUUGGAGAACAUGAACAAACUGACCGGCCUUAAAUACCUGGAGAUGAAGGAGAUUGCUGUUAAUAUUAACCGUAACCUCAAAGAUCUCAAUCAGAAAUAUGCCAGUCUGCAGCCAUACCUUGAACAGAUUAAUCAGAUUGAGGAGCAAGUCACAGCACUGGAACAAGCAGCCUACAGACUGGAUGCAUACUCCAAAAAGCUAGAAGCCAAGUUUAAGAAAUUAGAGAAACGAUGACUCCUACAGAUUUGACGAUGACACAAAUGUUGUACAUUCACCUAUGGAUAGAAGAAGCACAAGUCAUUGACAAAAGAACUAGAGAACUGAUGAACUUUCAUUUGCUGAUGAGAUUAUUGGUGGGCUCUGCAGUGACCAGUCUACAAAGAUUGAACAAUGGCUGUGUUGUGGCAGUCUUUUUCCCUCCAACCUGUAUGUAUAGGAAGUAGUUGAGCUAAGAGGUUUUGGACCUUAAGCCACUAUUACCACUGCUUCAGGGCAAUGGCUAACCUUUGUUGUGAAAACUGCUUUAAAAAAAAAAGGUUGUUGAAUUGAAUUUUCAUUAUUUAAAUGGAUUGCUCCUCCUCUACUGCUAGGACAAAACUACCUGGACCCAUUUCAACAAGAGCAUAAGAAUGAAAUGAGAAAGGGUCCACAAGCCAUAAAUCCACAUCUUCCGUGGGCAGAACCUCAAAAUCUUGUGCAUCGGCAGGUGGUAGUUAACAAUGAUUGUAUCGGUAAAUUAAGAAAAGUACUUAUUAAAUAGUAUAUUAGUUCUUAUCCAAAUGGAUUUCCUUGUGACAGUGCACAAAUUCUCACAUUAGUGAUGCUGGUGACUGGUGCAAAUUUUUUCUUUAGAAAAUGAACUUGGUGUAUACAAAAAUCGAAACCUAGCAGUAACAUGAAUGAAAGCAUUCAGACCAUCUGCAAAAGUCUGAAGUGUGGUCACUUAUGAAAACUAAAGUGAUCUUUAUCUUGUAAAUAUUAAACUAAAGUGUAGGUUUGCAAAUUCUGUUGGCGACUGCCAUUGGUUACAGUUAAACAUUCAGAAUGUAAGCUCAGCGUCUGUACUGAAUCAAUUCUAACAGAAGCCUUUUCUGCAUUAAUGGGAUCUACCAUGGCAUUCUGAAAAUCAGUUUAUAGUACAUGAGUUGCUAAUCUGUGAUUUUCAGAUCCAUAUCUUUGACUAGAUAAAGCAAAUUAUUUUCCCUCACUAAAUAUUCAAUUACCCUGAGAAAUGCUGGCGGCACUUGUAUUUCUAAUCACCUCCUCCCUGCUUGCUGUUCUAAUAGAUGGUAUUAAUUUUUCUCCCUCCUUGUUCUGGCACAGCUGUGGUUUUUAGCAUUGCUUGGUAACUUGUGCCCUGCUUGGCACUUGAUUGCAAGUCUUUGUCAUUGCUUGAACCCUCUACCUCUUUGAAUCCACGAGGGUUGUGUUCUUUCUGCUCUCUGACCUUCGGACACUGUUUCCUCAGUGGGUCUUUGAAGCUCCUGAGUCCUGCCAGAAAUUUGCAUAACUGUUAGACGCUUUUGAUGUCCUAGAAAGCCAAUAGGUCAGGCGUCUACACUUGCCAACCUUUUUAAGGAGCUCCACAACUUUGGCAAUUUCGUUUAAUCUGUCUGCUGCAUUAAUGGGCAGGCAGUGACAGUGAUGUCCCCAACGUGGAGAGUUAGAUAGGAAUCUAGUUUGUAUAAUAGUCAAAGCAUGAACUGGUGUUUAUGCUUCACGUGACCCUCUUCCCACUCACUAAUGUAUCCUAUAUGUCUCUCCCUUGUGUUCAUCUAGCUUUCCCUUAAAUGCCUCUGGCUGCAGCUAGUGAUAGUACUUUCCACAUUCUCUAACCAUUCUAUGGAUAAAGAAAUUUCUGUGACAUCCCUAUUGAGGAUAUUGGUGACCAUGUUGUAUUUCUAGCCCCUAGUUUGGAUCUCGCCCACUAGUCGAAACAUCAUCUCUCAGUUUGUCCUAUCAGACACUUCCAUAAGAUUAAUGACCUCUCCUUAUAGGCUCCUUCAACCUUAUUUAAUCAAGGAAAGAGCCUGUCCAGUCUUUCCUGCUGGAUAUAACUUCAGUUCUGGGAUCUUCCUAGUAAAUCUGCACUUUCUCCACUGCCUCUAAACAUCAUCCCUGGCUACUCCUGGUUAAGUUUCCACAGCUUCACCUUUUGUUGCACAACGCUGUGCUGUCAUAAGAGAUGUGACAUUCACUGUCCUGUGUUUAAAAUAGAAUUUUUUUUAACUUCGGGUGCUCAGUUUAUGUACUGUCAAUCUUUUGGCGAUGGUGGAGCAGAAGUGUGAUAUUGAACUUGAUGUCUUUUGAUCAGUAUCAUAUAACAAUAGAAUCUCAAGUGUAAAUCCAUUUGAGAAUAGACUUGUCUCUUACUUCAGCAAAUCUUGUUUGUAACUUUAUUAACAGUCUUUAAGCUGGCACAAGUGAUCUCACCAUGUGCAACUGUGAUUAAUAGUUGCAAUUGUACUUAAUAUAUAAGCUAUUAAAUUAUAAACUUUUGUAUUUAAAAAUAUAUGUUUUGAAUUCUGCUUUAAGAGCAGUGUGAUGUAACAGAGGGUCUACGAUGCUGUUAAAAGGUUGUAUUGGACUUGACUGAGGAUCUGAACUUUGGACUUGAGAAGCCUAUGUGCGUGCACACUGUCUUGUGAUUCAUCAGUACAUGCUGCUUCUUCUGAGGGUCCAUGCUGAACUCUUCUGUUCCCUUACUUUUAAUCUUGCUACGCCAUGCUCUAGCUGUAGAAGGGAUAAGUAUUUGUGGCUGACUCACUGGCAUGGCGUGUUUGCCCUAUAGCAGUGGAGGUCAGCAAUGGUGCAACGUUAUCAGAAUUAAACAUACAAUUUCUCUACACCUCACUGCGCUAUUAAGGUGCUGACUCAUGUUACCAUUGUGUCCAGUAAGCCCAGUUAAUAUGCCACUUAAUAUUUACACAACUCAGGCAACUUAAUGGAGAAAUGCUCUUAAACAGCUUAUGGUGGUCCUUUUAGAAGAAGGUAUUGUGAAUAAUAUUACAUGGUUUGAAUGUGGGUUUGCAAAGACAUGAUAGGCUGAAUGGCUUACUGUGUUGAUCAUUCCAUGCUCUGGUUCAUUUUGUGCAGUGAGUAGAUGUUUAUAAAAUGCUGGCCCAUGUAACUACAUUUUUGCUGUAAAGUGUAUUGCAGCUGAUGAAACCAAAUAAAACAAAUUAUAUUGCC